CGGCGGCGCGCGCGAGCGAGCGUGAGCGGGCCGCGGGGGGGGCGGGGCGGCGGGCGCCUCUCGGGGGCGGGGCGCGGGGCGCGCAUGCGCAGCCCGUGACCUUCCUCACGUGUGCGCGGCGGCCGGUCACUCGGCGGCGGGGAGCGGCGGCAGCAUGGCAGGAAAGGCAUUCAGGAAAUUUCUUCCCCUCUUUGAUCGCGUUCUGGUUGAAAGAUGUGCAGCUGAGGCGGUAACCAAAGGAGGCAUCAUGAUUCCAGAAAAAGCGCAAGGGAAGGUGCUACAAGCGACAGUGGUAGCGGUUGGCUCGGGCGCCAGAGGAAAGGAUUUCUACAAUUGGCCUGAUGAAUCCUUUGAAGAAAUGGAUAGUACGCUGGCUGUUCAGCAGUACAUUCAGCAAAACAUAAGGGCAGACUGUUCCAACAUCGAUAAGAUCCUUGAACCUCCUGAAGGCCAGGAUGAAGGUGUAUGGAAGUAUGAACAUUUAAGACAAUUCUGCCUUGAGCUCAAUGGACUAGCUGUCAAGCUUCAGAGUGAAUGCCACCCAGACACAUGUACUCAGAUGACAGCAACUGAACAAUGGAUUUUUCUUUGUGCCGCUCAUAAAACUCCCAAAGAGUGUCCUGCUAUAGACUACACCAGACACACACUUGAUGGAGCUGCAUGUCUUCUGAAUAGCAAUAAAUAUUUCCCUAGCAGGGUUAGCAUAAAGGAAUCCUCUGUAGCCAAAUUAGGAUCCGUGUGCCGAAGGAUUUACAGAAUAUUUUCACACGCUUACUUUCAUCACCGGCAGAUAUUUGAUGAAUACGAAAAUGAAACUUUCUUGUGUCACCGGUUCACUAAGUUUGUGAUGAAGUAUAAUCUGAUGUCCAAGGAUAACCUGAUUGUACCAAUUUUGGAGGAAGAAGUGCAAAAUUCAGUGUCAGGGGAGAGCGAGGCAUGAUGGGAAUGGCAGUACAGAAGUCUGUACUGAAUCUAAACAUUAAUUAUGUACUGUAUAUACCAUUUUAGACACUUCAAUCACGUAUCCUCAUAGCUUUGUUUAGUAUACUUUUUGUAUGCUGUGUGCAUUGCCUUUUAAUAUGGGAAAUACUUUUAAGUUAUUCAUGAGCUGUAUAUUCAUCAAUGUGGCACUCAUGGUUUUUAAAUAAAAGUAGUAGUAUCUGUUUAUAAUGCCUGUUAAUAAAAGAAUUUACAGUUCUCUAAAA